AUGUAAGAUGGAGCUCCCUAUCAUAAUUAUAGGCAAACAGAAUAAGAUACUUAAUAUUAAGAUGUAACCAAUCGAGAAUAAGAAAUGAGAAACAGAAAUUAAAUAUUAAAAUCAAGAAGUGGCAUUAUCAGAUUCACUAUACCAGAAACUGAAGAAGCUACAGAAUUAAGCCAACUUCUUAAUUAAAAUGGAAUAUAACCUAUUAUUGAACCAUAAAGUUUUUUUCAAAAAAUUUAACAAAAAUACAAUGAUUUUGAAGAAAAAUUUGAGUCCUAUUGCACUUGUAGAAUUCUGUAAUAAAAUUUAAGUUUUAGUCUUAAUUAAUUAAUUAUAACGAUAGUGUAUUGGAGUACUUUCUUUAGUGUUCUAUCAGAAUCUAUAGUAAAAUACAAAUUUAAUAUUAGGCAAUCCAAAAUAGUUAAAUAAUAGAAAAUGAUAAAAUACGUUAAUAACUAGCUCAAUAACUACCUGUAUAUGCUUUUUUAUAUACAAUAUCAUCAUAAAUGUAUUAAUUUUAAUAAAUUUAGAUGCUAGUAGAGAAAAGAAUUUUUUUUAUGGAUAGUGUUAUUUGGCGGUUUGAUAAUUACCCCUACUUUCGUUUUGAUAGGAUAUCAUCUUAAUUUAUUUGGAAAUCAUGAGGGAUUUUCAGAAGAUUAUAUAGGAGUCGGUUAUUGCAUAUUAAGUAUUUCAAUUUUUAUAAACUCUCUUGUAAACAGAGGACUUUUAUAUUUCAUUCAAAAAGUAUCUUCAGCACUUAUUGCUACAUUAUUUAAUUGUAGCUUUUGUGUUUUAAUUUCAUAUUUUAUUCUAUUUAAAAUAGUAGCAUUUAUAUUGCUAAUUUAAUCAACCAAAAUGGAGGAUAUAAUGGAUAAUAUCACUUCUAUAAUUGCUCCAUCAACGUUUUUAGUAAUUUUUGGUUUUUCUUUUUUUUUAUUAAGAGGUUUAUUCUAUUUGAGAUAAAAGACAAUUAAGUAAGAUUUAUAUUAGCUAUCAUUAUAUAAAUAUGCAGAUGAAUAAAUUAAAGAAGAAUAUUUGAAUUAUAAAAUGAAUAAGAAAGCAAAAAAUAUAUUUAAAAAAUUAAAACUAGAAUAUAUUGUUCCAAUUUUUAUUUCAAUAUGUUAUGCUACAAUUGAGAUUAUUUGCUACAUUUAUUUAAUUUUAGGAUUAUAAUCAUAUGAAUUUGAAUAAAUCAUCACUUUUGGUUUUUUACUUAUAGGUACACCUAUUUUUAUGAUACUUGGAAUUGUUAUUAGUAAUUCAAGAAUAAAGAAAUCAAAUUUAUAUUUAUUUACAUCUUUACUAUUUAGUGUUAUUUUAAGUGUAAUAUGUAUUAAAGUAUGGAGUUUAACUUUUGAAAUUUAAUAUAUAAAGUCUAUUUCAAGACUAAUUGGUAUUUGUCCAUUAAUUAUAUCUUUGAUGUGGCUUACAGUAGCAUUUUUUAGAUCUGAAAAGAAAUAUUAAAAGCUCUUUGUAAUGUUUUUUUCUUGUUUUUCAUUUGCUUUACCAUUAGGAAUCUUUUUAACAUUUUAAGCAUAUUUCGAUGAUGAAAAUUUUUACAUAGCUGCUAUUGUUUUAAUUUGCAUAGGCAUAAUUCCAAUUAUAUUUCUUAUUAUUUAUUAUCUUAUUGUCGUAAUAAUAUAUCUGAUAAAAUUGCCAUAACAAGCAGAAAAAUUGUUAUUUUAUGCAUAUGAGUAUGUAAACUUAAAAAAUUAUGGAGUGUGGUAUAAUUCUAUCUGCUAUAUAUUAUCAUUUUAUUUCAUAUGUUAUUUUGCUUGGAAUGAACCAAUCACAGCAACUGGAACAAAAAAAGGAACUGUAAUAUAUAAUUUUAUUCUAAUAGAUAAUUGGUUUAUUGAGUAUUCACUCUAUUUUAUUUAUUCUAACAAAUCAUGCUUUAUCUUUUGAAGCCAAAGAGAAAAAGCCAGAUAUUGAUGAAAUAAUACCUUCUUCAUAAAAAUUAUUAAAUAGAGUUUAAGACAGUACAUUAAUAGGUAUAUUACUUCCACUUAUAGUCUUAUUACCAAUAGGUGUAUCUGUAGAUAAUGAGGUAACUAAAAAUGCAUUAAUAGCAAAUGCAAUAGGUUUACCUUUAUCAUUUUUAUAUUAUAAAUAUUAGAUUUCUCUAAAACAAGAAUCAGUUCUUUAUUAAGAUUUUAUUCAACCACUUGUUGUUAUUUUAGUAUGGACAUUUAUAAUUGGUCCAAUAGGAACUUUAUUUCCAAUUUUAGCAGAUUAUUAUGAAAACUCUUCAGAAGAAUUUGCUCUAUUUGCAUAAUUAGCUGUAGCUUAUACUAUUUUAAUUAUCAUAAUUAGUGUAACAAUAGUAUCAAUUUUUUAUUCUGUUUUGUUAAACAAAGAAUAAUUAGAAAUGAAAAAGAAAGAAGUUCUUAAAGUAGUAAUGAAAGAAUUUUCAGAUAAUGGUGUAUAUGCAACUGAAGAAAUUUCAUCUUUACUUUUUGUUAGAUAUGUUUAACAUAGAAAUGCAAUUAAGUUAUAAAAUGAUUUAAUCAAAGGGGAUCCAGUAAAUAUGUAUGAACAUCCAGAUCCAUCAGAAAAUAAAAACAUUAAAAAUAUUCUUGUUACAAAAUAAGAUUAUGAAAAUAAAAUGAAAUUAGAAUAGCUUAAAGAAAGAAAACGACAAAGUUCUAGAAAGACUAUAACUGCAUCGAUAGAUAAUUAAUCUUUAUCAUCUGCAGAUACAACAACGGAAUAGAGAGAAUAGAGUGGGUUUUUAUAAGCAGUAUAAGAUUGUUUAUUCUCAUGUUUAUUGUGUAAAUUAGGCUAUUAUGAAUUAGAAGAAAUAGAAAGUUAUAAAGUACGCAAAGAAGAAGUAGAAAAAGAAAUCAAAAAGGAAAAAAUUAGAAGAGAAAAAUAAAUAGCAUAGAAAAUCAGAUCACAAAAGAGAAACUCUACUAUUUUAUAACUUGAUAAAAUUGAAAAUGAUUAAUUUUUACCUUUAAAAAAUACUCCUUAACGUUCAAAGAGAUUUUGGUCAGCAGUCUAUUAAUUUUUUAAUGAGAAAAAUGACUUUACUUUAAUUUUAGAGAUUUUAGCAUUAGAAUAUGAUACUUAGACUUUAUAGUAAUAUUAAAGCUUUUAACAAAAGGAUGAAAAGUUUACUUUAAAUGAAGAAGACUUUGCAUUAUUAAUUUAUGAUAAUUUUAGAGAAGAGAAUUUAUCUUAUAUAGAAAUUCUUCAAAAAAUAGCAGUAGACAAGUAUUCCUAUUUUUUAUAAGAAAUUCCUAAUUUAAAAUAAUUGAUAAGAGAUUAGAAUGAAGAUGAUAGCAUAUUUUCAAAAGAAAUUUUAGACAAAAUAAAAAAUUUAAAAAAUGAUGAAAGAAAAAAAUUAAAUUAAAUUAUGAUUCUAAGACCAAUUUAGGGUUUAAAACAAGAUUAAAUAUAAGAAUAGAUAAAAUAAUAAGAAUUAGAAGAAAUGUAUAAGAUUUAGAUUGAAUAUUAAAUAGAAUUGGAUGAAUUAAAUAAAAAAUACAGAAUAUAAAGAGAUCCAAGUGAAUGCGAGAUAAAAUUAUGGAAAAUUUGUAAAAGUAUACAUACUUUUAUAUGGAUUACACCAAAAAAAUAUACCUAAAAAUUUAUGAAUUAAUUGGCAGAUCUUUAUAGUAAAAUUGCUCCUCUUCAACCAAAAGAAGAUCCAAUUAAUGAAGAUUGGAAGAAAAUAGCUCCAUUAAUAUGUAAUACUUUAAUUGAUGAAUUUAAUAAAUUUGAUAGGAAGUCUAAAGAAUAGGAAUUUGAUUUUAAACUUACAAUAACAAAUUUUUUAGCUGUGUUUUUAAGAUGUUAUGAUUUAUAUGGAUUAAUAACAUUAGCAUUUGAUUCUUAAGUUGGAUGGUUGGGAAAUAAAUCUGAAUUCAAACCUAUAAAAAUGGUUGAUUAUUCAGCAAUUUGGAGUGAAUAUAACUUUUUCUUUUUUAUGGCUAUGGUGAUGAGUAUUGCUUAUAUAGUUUUAGGAAUAUAAGCUAGUAAAUAAAUAGCUGAUAAUUCUUUUGGUUAUGAUUAGGAUGGAUAAAUAGCAGGAAUUAAAAGUUUAAGAUUUUGGCUUAGUAAAACCAUAUAAAUUAUAAGUGGUUAAUUUAUAUUUGUAAUGAAAACCUAUAUUGAUGCUUUUAUUUGUGAUUACAGUGAAUAUCCAUAUACUUUGGUAAGACAGCCAUCUGUAGAGUGUAUGAGUGAUUUCCAUUUCUUAUAUAUAUCUUUAGCAAUAAUAGGUUGUGGAAUAUAUUACCCUUUAUCGACAUAUUUGUAACCUACUUUUUAAUUUAUGGAUCGUUCUUUAGAUCUAAAGUAUAAAUCAAACUUUGUAGUGUUAUAUAUAUAGGCUAAAUUAUUGAUUUUAGGAUCUAGUUCAGUAUUUUCAAAUUUAUAAGAAUCAGCAUAUUAAUAUUAAAUGCUCUUGGCCUUUCUUGUAAUGGCUGGAUUAGUUUAUUUCCAUUUUAAACUAAAUCCAUCUUACAUUAAAUGGUUUAAUACAGUAGAUAGAUCAAUGUUACUUAUUUUAUGUUAUGUAUUUACAAUUAUUAAUAAUAGUUCUACUUUGGAGCAUUUGUAAUUAUGUUAAGUAAAAGUGUUUAUGCUGGUUGGGCAAUAUCUUUAACAUUAACUGUUGUUACCUUGGCAUAUCUAUUAUAUUUCUUAAUUAAAGAAUACAGAACAUAUAGAAACAUCAAAGUAAACUAAGUGAGACCAGUUGUGGAAUAAUGA